AUGUCCUAAACAGUUGGGGUUGGGGGGGUGAGGUGAGGUGAGCAGUCAUAUCCCUGAAGCAAAACAGAAAAAUGUGAACUAUUAUGAGGACAGGAUUAAAAGAAUGAACGGUUUGGAUCCUCCAUCCAUCGCUACUACCGUGAAGAUGCGGCAGGUGGCGGUGUGCGCUCCCAGCAGCACCUGUGAUCCCUCUGAGGAAAGGGAACCAUCCGCUAGCUAGGAAACGUCGCCAGCAGCCUGCAGAUAUAUAAAGGCUUGGUACUUCAACUAAGUAUUUAGCUAUAGUACACAUAGGUUUUUGAAUACCGAUAACAUAGCUGAAAUCUUCAGCGGGCUCUGGUCCGUCUCGAUGUCGCUGUGGGCUCCGGGUGCAGGAGGCAGGCGGCCUCCGUCUCAGCCGAACCCAAACAGCGGCGGAGUGAAACCUCUUCGAGCUUACCGAAGGCAGCCAUAUCCUCCCAGAGAGGAGAGAAAUGACAUGUACCAUGAAUCAGAAAACUAUGACAGUUUACAACAGCAGGAUGAUUACUCUGCCUCUACGAACUACGAGACAUAUGAGCAUUCAGCACCUCAGCCGCACUUGGCUCAUCAGCCCAAUGUUGCCUCAUCAACCGGAGAGGAUGAGCGCAGUGCUCUGUACCAGAGAUUGUAUGAGCAGUUUCAUGGAGAUGGAGCUAAGAAGCCUGCUGACUGUGUUGUGCUCUCAGUGAAUAAUCAGAAUUCGGAUUAUCCAAAAUCGUUAGGCCACUGUUUGCAGGACCGUGGCCUCUCGGUGGAAAUGCUUUACCUGCAAGCGGAGUCAGGCCUGACCCGGGCCCUCCAAGAUGUUCGCUCCGACGGUUCCCCCUUAUGUAUUCUCGUCGAGCAGACUAAUGUAACUCUGUCCUCGUGCACAGUAAUCAUAUUUUCAGAGUCCCUCAAAAUUCACCGCAACAUGCCCAAGGACCAGGCCAUGGAGUUUGUGAUGGUGGAGUUUGGCCGUCGGAGCAGUGGCCGGCGGCAGUGUGACCCUGUGGAGGCAGAAACGCAGGUGACAGAGCUGACCGAUGACUACCUGGAGCGGGCCAAGCUGGAGUGCCACUUCGUGCCUUCCACUACACGACACCUGCUCUUUCUCAUGGCAGAAGGCCUGCACCUGUACCCGGAGGAGUUAAAGACAAUCGCUGAGUACAUACAGAACCGCCAGGACCAUCUGCAGAAGUUACCCAGUGACGUAGAAAGUGAAGUGGCUCCCGAGACGCUGAACAGUUUUUCUGCAGGUUUGGGGAAACCCCCACCCCUUCUACCAAAUCCUGUCGGCCCCAGCCAACCAAUUAGUGAGCACCCAACCCCUCCCUCAGGCAUGGCUUCGUAUCUGAAGACCAAGCCUCCACCUCUUCUGUCAGUGGAUGUUCUUCAAGGUUCCCCUCACAGGCCACCCGUCCCUCAUGGCCCUCCUGCCCCACAUGUCCCAGGCACCCCUCAAGCUCCACCUGCCCCUCAUGCUCCACCUGCCCCUCAUGCUCCACCUGCCCCUCAUGCUCCACCUGCCUCUCAUGCUCCUCCUGCCUCUCAUGCUCUUCCUGACCCUUAUGCCCCUCCUGACCCUUAUGCUCCACCUGCCCCUCAUGGUCCUCCUGACCCUUAUGCCCCUCCUGCCCCUCAUGGUCCUCCUGACUCUUACGCCCCUCCUGUCCCUCAUGGCCCUCCUGCCCCUCAUGCUGCUCCUGCCCCUCAUGCUGCUCCUGCCCCUCAUGCUGCUCCUGCCCCAACUGCUCCUCAUGCUCCUCCUGCCCAUUAUGUCCCAGAUGCCCCACAUGGCCCUCUUGCUCCACAUGGCUCUUCUGCCCCUCAUGGCCAAGGUCCCCCGCAUGGUCCACCUGCCUCUUAUGCUCCCCAAUCAUCCUUUAGUCCCCAGCCACCAAGGGGUCCUCCAGGUCUGAGAGGUCCUCUAGGCCCCCGAGGGCCGCCAGUCCUCCGUAGUUUACUAGGCCCAAGAGAACCUCCAGCUUCUCGUGGUCCACAACCUCGACAAGGUCCAUCAAGACCUCCUGGUCCACCUGCCACACAUGGGCCUGCUGACCAUGGAGCCCAUGAUUUCCAUCCACCUCGAGGUCCCCCAAUUCGUCACGGACCUCCACUGCUUCGUGGUCCACCAUCCCAGAAUGGUCCUGGUGUGCCUCGUGGUCCCCCACUUCUACGUGGUCCCAGAGCACCACCACCUGCACUCAAGAGCCUUCACAUGGGGAACCCAACAGCACCACGCCCAAUGCGACGCCUGCUUCCCUGACCAACUCAAGGUGUCUGAAAUGACUAAGCGGCUAGUGCAGCCACUUAAGAACUCAUCAGUGUAUUCUUGAUGUUACUUGACAGUGUUUCUGUUGUGUGUUACAUAUUUUUUGUUUUCUGCUUUGUAAAUUGCUUUUUAUACAUUUUUUCUUUAGUCUCAAUUUCUUGUCCCUGGCAUGAAAAAUGCUGUAUUUUAUUAAAAGUCAUUUUUUGUUCAUUCUA